AAAGUGCAAUGCAGCACGAUUUGCCCAAGAAGGAACGUGAUCCCGGUGGUUUUAUUAUCCAUAUAGCCUCGGGGAAUGGAAUGGUAGCUUCGGGGAUGCUUGACUUCGGGGCCGGAAUUAAUCUUAUGCCCUUCUCGAUUUUUCAGAGGCUCGGCCUUGGGGAGUUGAGGCCAACUCGUAUGUGCCUCCAGUUGGCAGAUCGUUCCAUCCGGUACCCAAAGGGGAUAGUCGAUGAUGUUCUCGUGAAGGUGGGUAAGCUUAUCAUUCCAGUAGAUUUCGUGGUUCUAGACGUUGGAGAUGUGCACGAGAAUGGGAAGGAUCACACCAUCCUUCUCGGUGGACCUUUCAUGGCGACUACAAAUACUCUUAUCGACGUGAAGAAUGGGACCCUAAAUAUGACUGUUUUGGGAGAAUCGGUAUCUAUUUCUGUCCGAGAGGCCAUGUCCUCAUCCUCGGUUAAUUUUUUAGAAGAAUGUGCUUUAAUUGAUCUUGAUGACCCCUUUGUUGAUGAGAUGGUAUUUCAGGAGUUCGAAGAAGUAUUGUUGUCGGCUUUCGAGGAAGAGGAAGAGCCUACAGUGGAACUUUUUGAUGUAGGAGAAGGCCAUUCCCGAGCUGGGACCACACUCGAGCUUAAGGAGCUACCCAAGCACCUUAA